GACAACUUCACGUCAGCCCAGAUGGCCGCAAGGUUCUAAUUAUGCUGUACGGCACCAAAACAGCCAAAAGAAAAGGCGGCAACGUCGAGCACGUCAUCAUCCACGACGCAGUCGCCAUCAAAGCCCUGCAGGCGGCAUCUGCAGGCCGGUCUCACACCCAGCCUCUCUACACCAAACCACCAAGCCAUUUCGCGCACGAGUACAAAUGGCUGGCGCAGUUCUUCGGCAUCAGUGGGGACACAGUUACGCCCUACGGGCUCCGGAGAGCGCGCGUGUACAUUGAGACAGCUGCUGCAGAAAUGGGCGCCUGGUCCCGCAAUGCAACAGAAUCGCUGGUGCAGCAGGCCGCCGACCUUGGAAG